UCCAAGCACCGAAAAUGAUAUUGGGGACUCCAUUUGUGAUUGCAUUUUUGAUAUAUAAAUGGCAGAGGAGACAUUUAUCAAUGAAUGAUAUUGUUGAAGAAUUUCUACAGAGUCACAAUAACCUCAUGCUAAUAAGGUAUUCUUAUUCCGAAAUUAAGAAGAUUACCAAAAGUUUCAAGGACAAAUUGGGCGAAGGAGGUUAUGGCUAUGUACUUAAAGGAACGUUUCAAAGUGGUCGUCUUGUGGCCGUAAAGAUGUUAGGCAAGUCCAAAGCUAACGUGCAAGAUUUUAUAAGUGAAGUUGCAACUAUUGGAAGGAUUCACCACGUUAAUGUAGUGCAACUCAUUGGUUUUUGCGUUGAAGGAUCAAAACGGACUCUUGUAUAUGAGUUCAUGUCUAAUGGUUCCUUGAAUAAAUACAUAUUUUCUCCAGAAGUAUGCACGCUCCUAAGCUAUAAUCAAAUGUAUGAUAUAGCUCUAGGAGUGGCUCGUGGGAUUGAAUAUUUACAUCAAGGAUGUGACAUGCAAAUUUUACACUUUGAUAUCAAGCCUCCCAACAUUCUUCUUGAUAAGAAUUUUACUCCUAAGGUUUCUGACUUUGGACCAGCAAAAUUGUAUUUAGCAAAUGACAACAUUGUUUCUCUGACUGCUACAAGAGGAACAUUGGGAUACAUGGCUCCUGAGUUGUUCUACAAAAAUAUUGGAGGCGUUUCAUACAAAGCUGAUGUUUAUAGUUUUGGAAUAUUGUUGAUGGACAUGGCCGGUAGAAAAGAGAACUUAAAUGUAUUUGCAAAACACUCAAGCCAAAUAUACUUCCCUACUUGGGUCUACGACCAAAUGCACGACGGAAAUAACUUAGAAAUUGAAGAUGCCACAGAGGAAGAAAAGAAAAUAGGCAAGAAGAUGAUCAUUGUUGCAUUAUGGUGUAUUUAGAUGAAGCCUAGUGAUCGCCCUUCAAUGAAUAAAGUCGUACAAAUGCUUGAAAAAGAAGUUGAAAGCCUACAAAUGCCUUCCAAGCCUUUCCUAUCAUCAUUAGAGAGUAUCGUAAAAGCUGGUGGUGUGAAUUCAAAUGAAUCAAAAGAAUCAAGUCAAUCAUUUCAACUUUAAAUGCAAAUUAAUUUAUAUACGAGUCUUUUCAUGUAUUAUAUCCCUAUUGAAGGAGGAAAUUAGUUUUCUCAUAUAUAUUUGAUAGUAGU